GUUUAUUAUCUUCUUUCUGUUCAAGUGCCAUUUCGUUGCAUGCAGUGCAGUCUAUAAAACAGAAUGCGUUCUCCGCGGGUCUCGAGUUUCCUAUCACUUAUCGUCAUUCGUAGCGUAUAAACAUAACAGCACGCGGUCAUUAGCUCUCGAUUCAUAUUGUUUACGUAUUCGUCUGGGCACAUGGGAGGUCGGCCGGAGCGCGGCUAGAAAAUCGCGUCGGGACCGCUACGCGUGAGACGACGGGCACGUAUCGCCGUUCGUGGCGUUCCCUCGAGGCGUCGUGAUUACGGAUAUCGGGCGACGGGACUCACCGCGGGACUCGCGUAAGCGCAAAAAUGUCAUCGAGCUACGCGGACGGGUUAUCGCCGUACGAAAACAAAGGAGUGCUGGGACUGGAGGAGAGAUACGACAGCGUCGAGACUCUACGCUUGAAAUGUGGUCUCCUGGCCGAAUGGAUACAAGGCGCGCGUCACGUCGUCGUCCACACCGGCGCCGGUAUCAGCACCGCGGCUGGUAUCCCCGACUUUCGGGGUACAAAUGGUGUUUGGACAUUGGAGCAGAAGGGCUUGAAACCUUCCAUGAACAUCUCUUUUGACGAGGCAAUUCCUACAAAGACACACAUGGCAUUGAAAAAAUUGAUAGAGGCCAAAAGAGUAAAGUUUAUCAUAAGUCAGAAUAUAGAUGGGCUGCAUCUACGAUCAGGAAUACAAAGGCAGUACCUUGCUGAGUUGCACGGAAACAUGUUUACAGAGCAGUGUGACAAGUGUGGCAGGCAAUUUAUUCGUAAUUUUGCGACCAAAAGCGUGGGAAAAAAGUCGUUGGAUACUGUAUGCAGAUCGGAGCAAAUAGGCGGUCGUCCGUGCCGUGGCCGAAUGCACGAUACCAUUCUUGAUUGGGAGCAUAAUUUGCCAGACAGCGACUUGACACUGUCUGAUCUUCACUCCAGUGUCGCCGAUUUAAGUAUAUGUCUGGGAACGACGUUACAAAUUAUUCCAAGUGGUAAUCUGCCUUUAUAUACGAAAAAAUACGGAGGUCGUCUCGUUAUAUGUAAUUUGCAACCAACAAAACAUGAUAAGAAAGCUGACUUAAUCAUUAACGGCAACGUCGACGAGGUAAUGGUGGCGGUCAUGAAAAAAUUGGGACUGGAAAUUCCGGAAUAUGAAAGCGGCAUGGAUCCAACACGAAAUUCCGACACAACGGCUAAAGAGAUGGACUGGACGAUCCCGACCAGUAGAGUAAAAGAGAUGAAUGUGCUGUAUAAAAAGGUGUGUAAGCCAAUGCGAAGAAAACGGAAAACGUUUAUGUAUGAGAGGGAGAGAACAGACACCAACAGGGAAACUAAGGCCAGGAAGCAGGCAAUUACCUUUAAGCAAGAAAUCAAAACUGAAGAUAAUAUAACCACAUCGGGUGAAAUGUGUAAGACCGGAAAUGAUCGUGUGGUUGACGACUCCGUUAAGAUAGAAGAGAACGCGGAGGAUGUUGAAUCGUGUAGAUAUUCGAUGGAAGACGCAACCGAGCAUAACACUGAUCUGAAAAUGAAUCAAACGGUGUAGUUUAUUGAAGUUUUAUUGAAGUAAUAAUUUUCCAUUCUAACAUUUCGAUUAUUCUCAGUGUACGCUACAGUUACUUAUCAGUGCAUAUUGAAUGAUGUUCAUUGUCCAUGUGAAAUAUGCGAUAGAUUUGCUAAUGUUCAGUAGGCAUUUGAAGCAUACUCGCUGCACAUUUAGUAUUAAAUGUGGCUUUCCCCUUUUUCUCCCUUACCUCUUUCUCUCUUUUUCUUCCUCUCUCUCCCUUCUUUUCCUCUUUUUUUCCUUUCCAUUUUUCUGUUCCUUCCUACUUUUUGUUUAUAUAAAAAAAUUAAGAAUAUACAAACAAUUUUAAAACACGGUUGUCUUCACUAAGAUUUUUGCUUCUAUAUAUUUACAUAUUUUUUAUCCAAACUUGUAUUCAGAAAGCAAUAACAAAUGAUGAUCCUCGCCUGCGAGAAUAAUACUUCGGUCUGUAUAAUUUUCUAAGCGCGUACUGAUUGUGGACAUAAAACAUUUAACAUUAAAUGUGCAAUAAGAAUACGGGCCCAUGAUUUUGUUUUCAGGACAUGUCAUUUAUGAAGACAGUGAAAAUAUUCCGAUAGUUGUAUAUAUUCUUGUUAGUGUUUAUCAAGUUCCGUUUGCGUAUUGCAUCUGCUUUUUACAAGUAGCCUAUAUAUUGACGCGUAUGCAUAUUAGAUAUUGCGACGAGAGAUUCGACAUAGAGAGAUCAAAUCUCUCGACAAGCAACGUGUUCCAGAUUUCUCGUGCAUAAUACGAUACUUUUUCCACUAUAGAUUACUAAUAAGGUUUUUCGAUAAAAGAGAUCUUCCUAGAAGACAUUUCGCCAGUAAGAACUUCCAUAAGCUUUUUUUAAUUGAGAAUAGCUGAAUUCUCCAAGUAGUUGCUUGAUCGUAAUAAUAAGAAUAAUACAGAUAUUAAACUGCCUAGUACACGAAUACUUUAUGCCCAUAAACGGUUGAGAAUAUCUCCGACAGAUUUUUUUUUUAUAUUAAACAACUAGCGAUUUUUAUAUAUAAUUUUCCUCCAUCUUCCAUUCCUUUUGUGGAUAUUUUUCAUUGAUUCUGCUAUUUUCAGCAAUUGACGCAAAAAAAUACAUGUAUCCUACAAAAAAAAACGUAUAAAAGAAGUAUAUCUCCAGUAAAGGUCAUUUUGAACGUCUCAAAUAUGGCUGAAAUAAAAUAUAAAUGUAAUUAAGAAAGAGGCAAGAUAAAAAAAAAAGAUUUUUUCAAUAUGACGUUAUAAACGAUCGGAUCAUGAAGAAAUUAUGAAUCCAACAUCGUUUCUACUGGCGACAUUUCCUGUGUGACUUUCCUAAAUAAUUGCUUUCGUAAAUAGAUUAUUCUAGGUCCCGUUGAUCGUCCUCGAUGUUCAGGUAUGUUCGCCUUACGAAAAUUGACAGCGCACACGGGACCGAUUUGCGCGUCAUAUUAUAAUACAAAGCACAUGUAUAAGUAAGCUAAUAGCACUAUUUGCUACAAGCUGAUGUUAGAUUGUCCGAUAAAUUCAGAUGUUGAAUUUUUAACAGAGUGCGCCGUUUUCCAUAUAGUGUUGAAAGGGAAUGUUGAAAGUAAAAGUUUUAACAAUAUCUCGCAGUUAGUACGCUAAACAAUUUUCGCGCGUAGAUUAUAUAAGCUGCCACUUGUAGAGUGCAUUCCGAUAGAAUGCGAUAUAGCGAAUCAUGUAAUAUUUAUAUGUACAUAGUGAUGUUUGCUUCAUUCAUCGUAAUACAUGACUUUAUAUAUAUUUAAGUAAUCAUUAUUAUUCGCCAGAUAUAAUAUUCGGAAAUAAAAAAUACAUCUAUGAAAAGGA